UACCAAAAGUUCUAUUUCCUACAUGCAGUACUAGCAUUACUGGCAACAUGAGAUGUCAGGCGGGUUCAGUGGUGAUCCCACUGAGUGGUAUAAAACAUAACCAAACAAAGUAUGGACGAAUUCAUGCAGCUGAAGUGGUCAAAAAGCUACCCCCGAAUACUCAGAACGAGACGUGAUGUUUAUUCCAAUGGAUUUUCAGACGAUGAAUGUGAUGUUUUCAUUUGUCACAUGAAUGAAACAGAACCAGAAUUCUACGAUAGAUUCCAGGGAUACGUAGAUUUCAAUCGGAAGGUAGAUCAUGAUGUUCAGAUGGAGACGAUGCAGACUAUGCAGAUGAGUCCAGGAAGUCACAUAAAAAACAAACACCAAGAUGAUAAAGUAUUACAGUUGUUUAAGAAGUUUCCAGCCAAGUCAAAGAUGAACAAUAUGAUUCACAAGAGUUGUCUUCGCGUUUUAAAGGAUCUCGAGCAAGGUCAAGGAUGCGAAGAAUCUGAAAUGAAUAAUGUCGACUGGAAGAAUUACUUUUCAUGCAAAACUGUGAGACAACAGGAAAAAGUUGAGUUUUGUGAAUUUGUGAAAAAUCACUUUCUGACUUAUUUGCGACACAGGCUUCUGAAAAUAGAUGUGGAAAUGGAGAAUGUUCUCAUUGAAAAAUGGAGACAGGAUGUAAAAAUUGUGAAACAAAGAUUACAGCAGGAUUAUCAAUUACAGACGGCUUUGUCUAUAGACAAGCAAUUAACAGAGAGUGCAGUGAAUUUAACACAUCCUGAACAUUUCUACCGGUCAGGUGAAGCUCCAAAAAUGACCUCUUUCAUGCCGGAUGAAAUAAUUGUACUGCAGCAAAAUACGGAUCAAUUGAGAAAGUACCUACGUGAUGAGAUGACGAGUAAAGAAACCCAAUGUGUAAUAAUCAACGAAGAAUUCGCUCAGAAGACUAAGAGUGACUUCAUUUUGCCCUUGGAAACUUUGGAGUUUUUGGUGAAUGGUUCUAACAGGACAUGGAAUAUUCCCUUCAGAAUUAAAGAAUGUGCUGGAAUGAAACUAGGAAUAAUAGAAUCACCUCUACCUCCAAUAUGUAUGGAUACGAAGCAAAGAAAUUCUGAAAUUCUGAAUUAUUGCUUCAAGCUUAAGGUAUUACAGCACACUACUGAGCUAUCAGAGGAGAAGCUAGGAAGUCCGGACAACAAUAUAAAUAUCAAUUUAGCGGAAUUUUCAGAACGUGAUAGCGAUGAUGAAGGACAAUUGAUCAUAGAUGAAUUUUUGGAAGAAAAGUCCGAAGAUAAAAGAUCUGAAGAGAAGGAAGCAACGGAAAUCAAAUCAGAGGUUAAUGCAUUGUCAAUUGAUCAAAAACGAAUGCAUUGCAGCCUACUUAAUGCAUGCAUUUUAAGUUCUGGAAAGGAUUCGUGCAGACUUCUUGUAAAAGUCAAUCAGGAUGCUUCAGUUUUACGUAAUGGGAUGACUAAGAUGAUGAAUUUCUCUACUAAGAUUGAGUAUCAGAGUGAGUUUGGGGCUGAAGAAAUGACUGUUGAUGAGUUGAUUCACGAAUGGAGUUUACAAAUAUUUAGUCCAGAGAGCAUAACUCUUCGAAUACGAAUAGAUUCACGAACUUUACAGGUUCUCUCGAUGAAAGAAAUUUCAUUAAAAAGGACUGAGAAGGAUUUGGAGAGACUUUAUGGACUUACUUCUCAUGAUUUGCUUCAAAGACUCUGGUCAGUAUUGAGUGUGAUGAAGAAUUUUCCCGUACAAGACUAUUUAAUGAACCACGAGUUAAUCCAUGACAAGAAGUUAAUGAUCUACAUGUGCAGACGAUCUGAAACUCCUGACAGCAACCAUUUGCAUCUCUCUAAACUUUUUGAUAAUGUCCAGUUUAAGAGAAAACCUCUUCUUGAGCACUAUGAAUGGAUACCUAUUGACGACCAUGAGGUAUGCUACAUACAUGAGCAUGCAAACGUUAUGCCAUGUGCUUUUCCUCACUGGGGAAGAGCAGGAAAAAUGGAUAUCUGGAAUGAAAAACAACUCCUUAUGGGGAAAUACGAGGAAAGAAUGAAGGCAAAGACUGAAUCAAAGCUCAAUCACGAGAAGCGAGUUAAGAGCGAGAAAAAUAGAGCCAGGAAAAUGAGAAAGCAGCAGGCUAAGAAAGAGAAAAAGUUACUACAAAAGGCCCAAGAGGAUAGCAAGAAAUUUGGAAAAAUCUUAUCUCAGUCCGGCGAUAAUACAGUUCCAGAUUGGUUCUUCGACGAAGAAGGACGAGUGAAGCACCACAAAAACUGCUGAAAAGCUGUUACGAGUUAUUUUGUACACAAAUACAUUAUGUAUAUUUUUAUUCAUAAAUUGCCUGGUUUUCGAACAAA